GCGGCGCGGCGGCGGCCAUGGACGAGGACGGGCUGCCCAUCGUGGGCUCCGGCAUCGACCUCGCCAAGGUUCCUGCUAUUCAGCAGAAAAGAACUGUAGCAUUUCUAAACCAGUUUGUAGUUCACACGGUGCAGUUUCUCAACCGAUUUUCUACUGUUUGUGAAGAGAAAUUGUCAGCUCUCUCUCUCCGUAUCCAACAAAUUGAAACAACACUCAACAUUUUGGAUGCAAAGUUGUCUUCUAUUCCUGGCCUAGAAGAUGUCAAAUAUGAAGUGUCCAAUGUCAAUAUGAAUAGUGUUACAAAUGGUCCUGUUACACAAGCUACUACAGAUCAACAGACAAGUGUAUCACCUCAGUCUGGACAGAACAAUGUACCUGAAGAAGGGUUGCAGAAAACAGAAGUGGUAACAGAAAAUAUCAGAACAGUUGCAAAGGAUCCAAGAUAUGCCAGAUACCUCAAAAUGGUACAAGUGGGUGUUCCGGUAAUGGCAAUAAGAAACAAAAUGAUUUCUGAGGGGCUAAAUCCAGAUCUUCUUGAGACCCCGGAUGCCCCUGUGCCUGCCUGGGGAGAUGAUGGGAAUGCAGAAGAGAGUUCUGAUAGUGAAUCCUCAUUCAGUGACUGAAGAGACUGGGUUCAACCACUGGAAACUUCUGUUCAGUGCUAGUGGGUUUGAAGCUCUAGCAGAGACGUGUUACGCUUGGGCCACGUGGGUGAUGAUUUAUCUGA